GUCUGUUGAGAUUAAUAAAUGCCUCCCAAGUCGUCUUCAAGAGCGUGGGAUGCUCUCACGCCCCCGCUGUCAGAAUGUUCCCUCGACGCUGUGGCCUCAAUGGGCUUCACGCGCAUGACUCCAGUCCAAGCCUCGGCCAUUCCUCUGUUUAUGCAGCAUAAAGAUGUGGUGGUAGAAGCUGUCACUGGAAGUGGAAAGACACUGUCAUUCUUGAUUCCAAUUGUGGAAAAGCUUCUUCGCCUUGAUCAGCCUCUCAAGAAGCAUCAUGUUGGAGCCAUUGUCAUUUCUCCUACAAGAGAAUUGGCCUCGCAGAUUCACCAAGUUCUUCUCUCCCUUUUGGAGUUCCACCCAGCGUCGGCCGCAGCCAUCAGACCCGCCGAAGAUGGUGCUCCUCGUGCGAAGACCUCUUCCUCGACAUUGAGGGUCGUCCCACAACUUCUUCUGGGUGGCGGGACAUCUCCGGCAGAAGAUUUGAAAUUAUUCCUUAAAAAUUCGCCCAAUGUAUUAGUCUCUACACCCGGACGGUUGUUGGAGCUACUUUCGUCGCCUCACGUUCACUGCCCUCAGGCUUCUUUCGAAAUGCUUGUCCUGGACGAGGCCGAUCGACUUCUGGAUCUUGGGUUCAAGGACGACCUGCAGAAGAUCUUAGGCCGGCUACCGAAGCAGCGACGGACAGGAUUGUUCAGUGCCAGUAUCAGUGAGGCCGUUGAUCAGAUCGUCCGACUUGGUUUACGAAAUCCCGUCAAAAUUGCCGUCAAGGUCAGAGGAGCUGGCGUCGAAGAAAAGCGCACUCCAGCGAGUCUGCAAAUGACCUACUUGACAACACCUCCGCUUCACAAAUAUGCUAUUCUGAAGCACAUCCUCUCCAAUGUCCAGCCCACGCCUCAAAAAACCAUUUUCUUCGUGUCAACAUGCUCCAGUGUCGACUACCUCGCCACAAUACUACCCAUAAUCCUAGGAGACGAAUACGUGCUAGUCCCACUACACGGGAAACACCAAGCCAACGUCCGCCAAAAGAACUUCAACCGCUUCAUUACCUCCACAACCCCCUCCAUCCUCCUCACCACCGAUGUCGCCGCUCGCGGUCUAGACAUUCCCUCCGUCGAUCUAGUAGUCCAGAUCGACCCACCCUCCGACCCCAAAACAUUCAUUCACAGAUGCGGUCGUGCCGGUCGUGCGGGCCGCCGAGGCCUCAGCAUUGUCCUCAUCCACCCGGGCCGCGAGGAGGACUACGUCUCAUUCCUGGAAAUCCGCAAAACGCCCGUGGCGCCAUACAACCUACCCGAGUUCACGGACGAACAGGCCACAGCCGCGACAGACAAGGUCCGCAAAGCGGUGUUAAAAGACCGCGCCAUGCACGACAAGGGCCAGAAGGCGUUCGUCAGCUGGCUGCGCAGCUACAGCAAACAUCAAGCAAGCAGUAUCUUCCGAGUUGCAGAUCUGGACUGGGAAGCUCUCGGAAAGGCAUGGGGACUCCUCAAGCUGCCGAAGAUGCCCGAAGCCCGCUCCUUUGAAGGAGACCGGACGCUAGGCAUUAAACUUGAUUGGUCCAACUACACGUACAAGGACAAGCAGCAAGAAAAGCGCCGCAAAGAGGCUAUGGCGGAGGCUGCUAAUGGACAAGGCACUGAGCAGGGUCCUAACAAGCGCCGUGCUACGGAGAGUGUGGCUUGGAGUCAGAAGACUGAAGAACGGGAUAAAAAGUUCAAGAAGAGGGAGUUCAACAAGGCGCGGAAGGAGAAGGAGAGAUGGGAGCAAUUGCCAGAGGAUCAGAAGCAGAAGGCUCUUGAAACGGAGCGCAUGCUGGAGGAGAUUCGUGCUAAGAAUGAGCAACAGCGGUUGUUGGACCAAGCUAGCAAGGCGGAGGAAGCCAAUGGCGAUGGUGAGUUCAAGGGCUUUGACUAG